UAUUAAAAUUCUUAAGGAGAAGAGAAACAUGGCGGCGCUCAUGACCGUAAGAGGCUCGCUCCCGUUUAUUAGACGCCUGGUCUCUGUACAAUGUCUGCACAAGUACUGCUCCUCCAAGGUUCAGAAAGCACCUUUAGUAAUUGCACCUCACUCCUAUUCCGCCACUGUUUUACAGCAGCAUCGAUUUUUCAGAACUAGUUAUGCUGCAUCAGGACCCAUUUUGCAGUUCAAACUGUCAGACAUUGGAGAGGGGAUCAUGGAGGUGACAGUUAAGGAAUGGUAUGUGAAAGUAGGUGACCGAGUAUCCCAGUUUGACAGCAUCUGUGAAGUACAGAGUGACAAAGCUUCUGUUACAAUCACCAGCCGCUAUGACGGAGUCAUCCGCAAACUCUACUAUGAUAUUGAUUCUGUUGCUUUUGUGGGCACACCGCUGGUUGAUAUCGAGACUGACGGGGGCCAGACUCCAGAGGAGGAUGUGGUGGAAACACCAGCUGUAUCUCAGGAGGAACACACCCACCAGCAUAUAAGAGGCCACAAGACACAGGCCACCCCAGCAGUGCGUCGCCUAGCCAUGGAGAACAACAUCAAACUGAGCGAAGUUGUCGGGACUGGAAAGGAUGGGCGCAUUCUCAAAGAAGACAUCCUAAACUUCAUAGCUAAGCAGACAGGAGCCAUCCUGCCUCCGAGCCCCUUCCAGGAGAUCCAGCCUCCUCCUCCUGCACCAGCAGCAGCAGCCAAGCCCCAAGAGAAGAGACCUCCUCCAAGCAUUCCUACACCGAUCAGCCCGAGACCUGUAUUCACGGGCAAGGACCGCACAGAGCCUCUUAAAGGUUUUCAGAAGGCCAUGGUGAAGACCAUGACGGCAGCUCUGAAGAUACCACACUUUGGCUACAAGGAUGAAGUGGACCUAACGCAGCUGGUGCGUCUUCGCUCAGAGCUUAAAGGAGUGGCUGAGUCACGAGGAGUGAGGCUCAGCUACAUGCCAUUCUUCAUCAAGGCAGCUUCUCUUGGCCUCCUCCAAUUUCCAAUCCUGAACGCCUCUGUGGACGAAGAGUGCCAGAACAUUACCUACAAGGCUGCUCAUAAUAUCGGCCUGGCCAUGGACACUCCGCAGGGUCUGCUGGUGCCCAAUGUGAAGAAUGUACAGAUGCUCAGUGUUUUCGAGAUAGCUGUGGAGCUCAAUCGGCUGCAGACUUUAGGAGCAUCUGGGCAGCUCGGCACGGCAGAUCUCACCGGCGGAACGUUCACGCUCUCCAACAUUGGCUCAAUUGGAGGCACCUAUGCAAAGCCUGUGGUUCUGCUGCCUGAGGUUGCAAUUGGUGCUCUCGGAAAGCUUCAGGUAUUACCUCGGUUCAACGCAAAGGACGAAGUUGUGAAAGCACAUAUCAUGAACGUGAGCUGGUCUGCGGAUCACAGAAUCAUCGACGGAGCCACCAUGUGUCGGUUCUCCAACUUGUGGAAGUGCUAUCUGGAGAAUCCUGCCUCCAUGGUCCUGGAUCUAAAAUAAGGAGGUGGCAUAUUGGAAAGUACAUCCAGCCGUGUGAAUCGCUGGACUGGAGACUGACUCGCGUUCUUGUGGUUGUCUCACUGAUUGUUACUGAGCUUCUCUUGUUACUGGCCAUCUAUGUUUAUGGUCUCUCAUCACAUGGAUGGUUGCACAUGCCAAGGACACUAACUCACUCCCAGCUGUGAAGCUAAUACCAUGUCAGUAGUCUCGUAUGGGUCAGUGGUUUCUUUUUAAACAUCCUCAGCCGCACAUGGUUGCACAUGCCCCGAUCUACGCACAUGUGGUGAGAGGCAACCAGCGCAAGACUACCAUUAUUUUCCGUUAUGUUGUGUUUUUUCUGUCUAUGUGAACAGGAUGUAUGUGGUGUUACAGGUUAAGACCCAGCCCCUUCCUCUUUCAGCCUUAAUGAGGUGGGAUAGUUAUAAAUAGGAUCACCAGUUUUGAUUGUGAAUGUGGUGUUAAUGGGCUCAGUGCAGCAGCGGCGGGGCUGACGUCCAUCUCCUGACCAUUUUUCAACACUUUCUUGAACUUGUAAGAGCAAAAAUAGCGUGACUUUCCCUGAAACAGCAUUAUUGCACAAAAGGCUUUAGAGUGUGUACAUUAUGGGAUGUUUGGCAGUGAACAAAACCUCAUGUAUCGGUUGUCCAGGUACCAACUGUGUUUCUGUAACAUUUUACAGCUUUUCUAAUUGUGCGUUAAUGUUUUUAAAGACGAAAUCUCAAAUUCUGGGUGCUAUAUGUAGUUUUAGAAUGGGUUGGUUAUGUGGGUGUAUUACACUGUAUGUUUUAUCAUUGAAGAAUACAGGCUUAUGUAUGAGAGCACAGUUUAUCCUUUAGGGAUUUCAAUUUUGUUUGGAUUUUGAGCGGGGAAAGGUAAUAAAUUACGCCAUUAUCAAAUGGCAACUGA